CUCUCGGGGCGGAAGGGGCGUGGCUCCGAGAACGGAGUGGCCGGGACCCGGAAGUGCGGGCUCACGUGCUCCCGCCCUCUCGGAGGUCUCGGAUAAGAAUGGCCCUGGAAGAGAAGAACAAACGGAAGAAAAAGAGGAGUGCGCGGGAGGGAGAGAACCCGGAGGACGGCGCUUGUGGGAAUCUGGCAGGAGACUAUGAGGUUGGACAAGUCGCCAGUAGUUUAUUCAACGGCAAGCGGCCCUCCAGAGGCAGCACGGGUCGGCUGGCUUCCCUCUUCGGCUCUUUGGAGCCUCAGCUUCAACCCGUGUAUGUGCCUGUUCCUGAAGAAACCACCAAAAAAAGGAAACGGGAUGAGGAGGAAGAAAAUUCAUCCCAAAUCCAAAGACCGUUUUUGCAAGAACCUGCCAAAAAAAUGAAACUGAAGAAGAAACUGUCUGAUGCAGACCGAAAGUUGGCAAACAGAGAAAAUGCUUUAGCAAUUGCUGAUUUAGAAGAAGAAAUUCACCAGAAACAAGGGAAGAAAAGGAAAAAUUCUCAAUCUGGUGUUAAAAUUGCCGAUAAAGAAGUACUUGAUGAUGUAGAUCACACAGCUGUAAAUCAAAGAAAGAAAAUUCAAACCAACCAAGAAGAGAGAUUAAAGAAUGAGAGAACUGUGUUUGUUGGGAAUUUGCCUGUUACCUGUAAUAAGAAGAAGCUGAAGUCAUUUUUUAAAGAGUACGGACAGAUAGAAUCUGUACGAUUUCGUUCUCUGAUUCCAGCAGAGGGAAUUUUGUCCAAAAAGUUGGCAGCAAUAAAACGUAAAAUUCAUCCUGAUCAGAAAAAUAUUAACGCUUAUGUUGUGUUUAAGGACGAGAGUGCUGCUACAAAAGCACUGGAAAGAAAUGGGGCCCAAAUUGCAGAUGGAUUUCGUGUUAGAGUGGAUCUUGCAUCUGAGACCUCAUCUAGGGACAAGAGAUCUGUAUUUGUGGGGAAUCUCCCAUACAAAGCUGAAGAAUCUGCGGUUGAGAAACACUUUCUGGACUGUGGGAACACUGUGGCUGUAAGGAUCGUGCGGGAUCAAGUUACAGGAGCCAGCAGAGGCUUUGGCUACGUGCUCUUUGAGGAAAGCUCCCCAAUGGGUUACCACUAACCGGGUCAAGACAUCUGACCAUCUUUAAGGCUCUUAGUACGUAUGACCAGCGGCUUUGAAGAAACGUGGUCACAGCCUGCCAUCAUGACUGUGAUGUAGUUAUCUCACUGUUUCUCUGCUCUGUCUUCUGACUAUUGAUAAGUUUGUAAAGUCCUUUAACAGACAUGUCAUGAAUAUUCAGGGUGGUUAGCAUUUAGUGGCUCUCUAUUAGAAUAAAAGAAUAAUAGAAUUUUGGGCCUAAAGGGAACCCUACAAGGCAUCUAGUCUGACUGAUCCAUCUCAAGGACUGUAAUAGAGAGUUCUCUGCUCUCAAAUCAACUAAUACAGCAGGGUUUUUUCAGGAAGAGCCUUGUGAAGAGGAGGCUUAUUGGUUUAAAAGACACUAUAGGACUGACCUUGUUAAUUGAAUUUACAUUGAGAAAAAUGAAGCCUCUUGGAUUGUGACUUAUCUGAUUAUUUGACAGGGCAGCUUGAGUGCUUCCUGGGGAGAAACUCAUGAGAGGGAGCAUGAUUAAAACUACAAGAACAGCUGCUUGUAGUUCAGUACUUUGGAUUGGACUUCUUGGCUGUGGAAAUGAGAGGGGUUUCUAUAUGCAAGCUUGAAAGUUGUUCUAAUCCAGAAAAGUCACCAUUUUACUUGUUUCUUUGCACAUGAGUUUCUGGUGAAAAUUUAGUAUUUUGAUUUUUAUUGCAGAAUACAGAUGCUGUUCAUCUUGCUCUGAAAUUAAAUAACUCUGAACUGAUGGGAAGAAAACUCAGAGUCAUGCGUUCUGUCCAUAAAGAAAAA